AUAACAAAUUCAUUUCUCCUCUAUUUUUAGUUUUUUUUGUUGGUGCGAAAAAUCAUUAUUCUUCUCACACCAACUUACUCUACUCAAAAAAAAAAAAAAAAAAAAAAAAAAACUCUUUAGUCUUCGACGUCUUCUUCUCUCUCACCGUUACUCAACCAUUAUCUCACUUUCUCUCUCCUCUGGUUAUAAUAAUAAUAAGGAGGAAGAUUUUGAUGAGAUAGUGUUGAGUUCAUGAGUUGAGACUUUGAUUUUUCAUUUUUUUUUGUGAGAUAUUGAAGGUAUAACAAUGGCGGCUUCAGCUUCUGUUGUUUCUGGUGGUGUUUCGAAACUUCAAAUUUGUAAUAAGUUGAAUAAUUUUGGGGAAGAACGUAGUUCGGAAAAUGUUGCAAUUUCUAGGUCGUUUUCUUCUUCUAACCCUAAGUUUCCGCGAUUGAGUCUUCGUCGACCUCCUCUGUGCUCUUCCAAGUGCAGGUUGUCAAAUGAUGGUCGAACAAUCGUAACUAGAUCACUUAAGAUGAGGAAUAAUCUCUGGAGGCAGAAGGGGUUUAUUCUUACAGAGCAGAUGCCGUUGGCAACUUUAACCAGAGAUAGAAUGUACUUGUGCUGCAACCACACUCGUCGCAAAAGUGGUUCAUUUGCUAGGAGUUUUAGUUCAAGAUUUUCAUCAGACAUAUCAACAUUUCCAUUGUCGAAGAACGUGCUUGACACUGUAUGUAUGAAGCAACAUCAUGUUCGAUGCUCGGCUGUUGGUCCAGAUGAACCACAUGCAGUUAGCGCAAGUUGUCCGGAGGAAAUAUCAGAGAAGCCGGGAUUGGACUUUCUGGAUCUCGAAUUAAGAAGAGAAGAAGUAGAAGAAUUUUUGAAUACCGAACUUCUAUCUCACCCCAAGUUAUACCGAGGUCAAUUGAAAAAUGGGCUACGCUACAUCAUUUUGCCCAAUAAAGUUCCACCAAACAGGUUCGAAGCACAUAUGGAAGUUCAUGUUGGGUCUAUUGAUGAGGAGGAUGAUGAGCAGGGGAUUGCACAUAUGAUAGAACAUGUUGCAUUUCUUGGUAGUAAGAAGCGUGAGAAAUUGCUUGGCACAGGAGCAAGGUCUAAUGCUUACACAGACUUCCACCACACGGUCUUUCAUAUUCACUCUCCAACUCAUGCAAAGGACUCUGAUGGUGACUUGCUGCCUUCCGUACUUGAUGCUUUAAAUGAGAUAGCUUUCCACCCGAAAUUUCUUGCGUCUAGGGUUGAAAAGGAAAGGCGGGCAAUAUUGUCUGAACUUCAGAUGAUGAAUACUAUAGAAUAUCGUGUUGAUUGCCAGCUGCUUCAACAUUUGCAUUCAGAGAACAAAUUGAGUGGAAGAUUUCCUAUAGGAUUAGAGGAGCAGAUCAAGAAGUGGGAUGUUGAUAUAAUAAAAAAAUUCCACGACCGCUGGUACUUUCCUGCAAACGCAACUCUGUACAUUGUCGGGGAUAUAGAUAACAUCUCGAAGACUGUUUACCAAAUUGAGGCUGUAUUUAGCCAGACUGGAUCUGAGAAUGAGACAGUGGCUUCCCCACCUCCAACACCUAAUGCGUUUGGUGCGAUGGCUAGUUUCCUAGUGCCUAAACUCUCUGCUGGCCUUGGAGGAACUUCUCAAGAUAAGGCAUCAAGUUCUGACCAGUCAAAAGUUACUAAAAAGGAAAGACAUGCAAUACGUCCUCCUGUCCGGCACAAUUGGUCUCUACCUGGAAGUGGUCGUGUAUCUGACCCUCCCCAGAUAUUUCAGCAUGAGUUGCUUCAGAAUUUUUCAUUUAAUAUGUUCUGCAAGGUUCCGGUGAAUAAAGUCCAGACAUAUGCUGAUUUACGGAAUGUACUAAUGAAGAGAAUUGUUCUUUCUGCCCUGCAUUUCAGGAUUAACACCCGAUACAAGAGUUCAAAUCCCCCUUUCACCGCAAUUGAGUUGGACCACAGUGAUUCUGGAAGAGAAGGUUGCACAGUAACCACUCUUACAGUUACAGCAGAACCUAAAAAUUGGCAAAAUGCAAUCAAAGUUGCAGUUCAGGAGGUCCGUAGGCUGAAGGAAUUCGGUGUGACAAAAGGUGAAUUAGCUCGAUAUAGGGAUGCUUUGCUGAAAGAUAGCGAGCAUUUGGCCGCGAUGAUCGAUAAUGUGCCAUCUGUGGACAAUCUGGAUUUCAUUAUGGAAAGUGAUGCAUUAGGACACAAAGUAAUGGACCAGUUACAAGGUCAUGAGAGUUUGGUUGCUGUUGCUGGAACAGUUACCCUUGAAGAGGUCAAUUCCAUUGGUGCUGAAGUGCUGGAAUUUAUUGCUGAUUUUGGGAAACCAACUGCCCCUGCUCCUGCGGCAAUUGUUGCUUGCGUUCCUAAAAAAGUGCAUAUUGAUGGAAUUGGUGAAACUGAUUUCAAGAUAUCACCCAGUGAGGUAUCUGAAGCUAUAAUAUCAGGAUUGAAGGAACCUAUUGAGGCUGAACUAGAGCUUGAGGUGCCAAAAGAUCUCAUAACUUCGUCUCAGCUACAAGAACUAAGAUUGGUACGCAACCCAUCAUUUGCACCACUGGGCGCAGAACUAGAUGGUACUAAGCUUUAUGAUAAAGAGACGGGGAUCACUCAGCGUCGUCUUUCAAAUGGUAUUCCAGUAAAUUACAAGAUCUCAAGACAUGAAAGCCAGAGUGGUGUCAUGCGGCUCAUAGUUGGUGGUGGACGAGCCAUGGAACGUUCAGAUGAAAAGGGGUCUGUUGUUGUUGGAGUUCGGACUCUCAGUGAGGGUGGUCGUGUUGGUAACUUUUCUCGAGAGCAGGUAGAGCUUUUCUGUGUAAAUCAUCUGAUUAAUUGCUCGUUGGAAUCCACUGAGGAGUUUAUAUGCAUGGAAUUCCGUUUUACGCUGAGAGACAACGGAAUGCGUGCUGCCUUCCAGUUACUACACAUGGUUCUUGAGCAUAGUGUCUGGCUGGAUGAUGCGUUUGAUAGAGCAAAGCAAUUAUACUUGUCAUAUUAUCGGUCAAUUCCCAAAAGCUUAGAGCGUUCGACAGCACAUAAGCUUAUGCUAGCAAUGUUGAGUGGAGAUGAACGUUUUGUCGAGCCUACACCAGAAUCACUGCAGAAGUUAACAUUACAGUCAGUAAAGGAGGCUGUAAUGAAUCAGUUUGUGGGUGAUAAUAUGGAGGUCAGUGUUGUUGGAGACUUCUCAGAAGAAGAGAUAGAGUCUUGUAUUCUUGAUUACCUUGGUACGGUUACAGCAACUCGGGAUUUUGAAAAGAAGAUCUGUGACGCUGUCUUCUUUCGCCCACCAUCAGAUAUGCAAUUUCAGCAGGUUUUCAUAAAAGACACUGAUGAAAGAGCUUGUGCUUAUAUUGCUGGCCCUGCACCAAACCGAUGGGGCAUCACAGUUGAUGAUGUCGAUCUUUUUGAAUCCCUUCACAAUGGUGAGCUAUCAAACUCCGAGAACUCCAAUGAUGUAAAGAAGCUACAGAGCAAAAUUCGAGGCCAUCCGCUGUUCUUUGGCAUCACGAUGGGGCUGUUGGCAGAGAUUAUAAAUUCCAGGCUUUUCACGACAGUCAGGGAUUCUCUGGGUUUGACAUAUGAUGUGUCUUUCGAAUUAAACUUAUUUGAUAGGCUAAAUUUUGGGUGGUAUGUGAUCUCUGUGACAUCAACUCCUGGAAAGGUACAUAAAGCUGUUGAUGCUUGCAAAAAUGUGCUCAGGGGGUUGCAUAGCAACAGCAUUUCUCCGAGGGAGCUAGACAGGGCAAAGAGAACCUUGUUGAUGAAACAUGAAGCUGAGAUCAAGUCAAAUGCGUACUGGCUUGGGUUGUUGGCUCAUUUGCAAGCACUUUCUGUUCCAAGGAAGGACUUAUCAUCCAUUAAACACCUAACCUUCCUCUAUGAAGCUGCCACUAUAGAAGAUGUAUAUGUUGCCUACGAGCAAUUGAAGGUGGAUGAGAAUUCCUUGUAUUCAUGUAUUGGUAUUGCUGGAGCACAUGCUGGAGAAGAAAUUUCAGCUUCUUUGGUUGUUGAAGAACCUUUUGGAGGGCAUCAAGGAGGUUUGCCUGUGGGACGUGGGCUAUCAACGAUGACACGACCAACUACGUGAAAUCAGUCGCUUAAGUAGUUGAUUUGAGAUUCAUUGGUCUCUUGGCCUUAUUUAGGUACAAGGUGUUCUAUAGAAGUGGAAAUUUGUGCAACUGCUGAAUUAUCGGUUGCUAUAUAUCAAAUGAUAAAUGCUCACUCAAAGUUGAUUUGAAUGGAAAUUAUUUGAAGGACAGAACUGCUUGAUGCCAAAGGAAGUGCAUUCGAACAAAAAAAAAAAUGUUUCGAAUGUGGCUUGGUUUAAUAAUCUUCCUCAAACUCUACAUAUAAUGUAUAAUCUUUACAGGAAUUUGAAGGAGGUUUAGUGUUCACAUUGUAGGCUUUAUAUUGGGUUAUUAUAGUGUUGUAUUUCCUUUAAAACAUAAAGAUAUUGGGUUACUGUAGUUAGAGGUACAAUCAAUCUCUUGUAAUUUUGUAUUCAUUACAGCAUUAUACUCAAUCCUGAUUAUUUUUUUGUUGUAAUCUUCAGGAUUGGGUGAAAGAAUAAUCAUGUGAUAACAUGUAAUAAUUUUUUUCCCAAUGUAUAUUAAACUUCAUUCUUUUUUGAUUA